AUGUUUUACGAAUUAAUGGAAAAGCGUGGGUACAUGAAUCUUCCUGAACAGGCCAAACGACAAAUGAUGGCUUAUCCACCGAGCAAAAAAUGGGUUAUGGUUCACCAGGACAAACUAGCCGAUUUCCAAGCGGAACAGAAAAGGCGAGCUGCUGCCCAGGCGCAAGGGCGCGACCCGGACGAAGACAGUCCGGAGUGGUAUGUGAAAAAGAUAAUGGAUGGGACCAUUAGCGCGAAGCAGCUCGGGAGUCUAAGUGUUUCCCUGAGAACACAGCCAAUCAGUUGGGUAAAGGAGUUUAUUGAAGCCCAGGGACAAGUUGCUCUUACUACUGUUCUGCGGGGUAUAAACAAUCACAGUGGAAAAAAUAGUGGAACCGAUGCAAUGCUUGACCGAGAAUAUGAUAUUGUUAAAUGCUUAAAGGCGUUGAUGAAUAACAAAUAUGGUGCAGACGAUGCUCUCAGACACCACCACUGCGUAUCCGCUCUUACGGCAUCCCUUACAUCGCCAAGGGUAACAACUAGAAAACUCGUCAGUGAGGUUUUGACCUUUUUGUGUCAUUGGGAUAGACCGCAUGGCCACACUAGGGUUCUUGCAGCACUAGAUCAAAUCAAAACGCACCAGGGCGAAAACGGGAGAUUUGACUCGUGGCUCAGAAUUGUGGAAGUCACUAUCGAUGGUAGAGGCAAGCUUGGAAGUCUUGUGGGCGCUAGCGAUGAAGUUAGAUCUGGGGGUAUUGGAAUGGAGAGCUUGCUUAUGGAAUACGCUUUGGCUACCCUAUUCCUUAUCAAUAUAAUAGCCUCGGGAGCCGAUGACCUGCACGCCAGAAUUCACAUCCGGGCCCAGUUCAAAGCAUGUGGGUUUGGGAGAAUAGCGGCUAAGAUGCAGGGAUUUCAGUACGACUUGAUUGAGAAGCAAAUCCAGAAGUAUGAAGAGGAUGCCGCCGUAGACUAUGACGAACUCAUGGAAAGAGAUGGAGGAAGUAUGGUUGAUAGUCUCGAUGGCGAUCCGAAGGAUUUGAAUGACCCAGUAGCUAUCGUGGAUGCUAUUAUGAGCAAAGUUCGGGACACCAGAACUCAGGAUUAUUUCAUGUCAACAUUGCAACAUCUCCUACUCAUGAGGGACAAUAAUAACGAGGACCGGCUCCGGAUGUUUCAACUCGUUGACUCGAUAUUGGGCUAUGUAGUUAUGGACCGGCGUUUACCAGAUAUGGAUCUGAAAGCGAGCCUUAACUUCUCGGUUCAGGCUUUGAUGGACAAGCUGCACACUGACGGUGAGGCCAGGCACGCAUUGGAAGAGGCUAGCGAGGCUAGGCAAAUUGCAGAGAGUGCAAUUGCUGAACGAGAUGCUAUGAGAGCUCAAGUCGACAUGGGCGCGGACGGCCUGAUUGCAAGGUUGAAAAAGCAAUUGGAGGAACAAACCCAGGUCAUUGAAAUCCAGAGGAGGCAGAACGAGGGUUUGAAGGGGGAGCUAGAGGAAAUUAAGCUUGCGCAUGCUAUGCAGAUGCAAAAGAGUGAAUUGGAGACUAGAGAGCUAUAUCUCAUGCUUCGUGAUGCUCAAGAUGCAACUGAUGCAGCGCAUGCUGAAAGGGUUAAGCAGGCGAAGAAGGAGGGUAAGCCCAUACCAGCGGAAGCCGAUGUUACGCAAAUGAAGGGAAUAUUGGACCGCCGGCGGUUGAUGUUACGGUUAGAAACUCAACUAGAGAGAAAGAAGACGGAAUUCAAACUGGAGGGCAAGGUAUGGCAGCAGGUUGCCCCAAGUGACAGGCUGAGAGAAUUGAGGGAAAGAAUGGAUGCUGUGCAAAGGGAGGCUAAACUCCUUGAACGGGAACAUUUCGAGGAAGCUGCUCGGCAGAGAAAUGUCUCUGCAAACUUUGGAAGUGUUAAACAUAAAGGCAGCCAAUACCCUAGCUAUCGGCAAGUCUCCGUUCCUGAAACGCUGGCUGAGCGAGAGAGGAUGCGUGGAGACAGGGAAGAUGGAAUUGCGGAGGAGUCUGAUGAUAAUAUUUUCAUUGAGUAUGCGACACCAAGGAUCAUUGAAGUUGGCAAGAGACCACUUGCAAGCAGGGACCGCUAUACACCGAGGGCAAAGAUGAAUCCCGAGCGAGCUACAGGGAUCUUGGGGGAAAUUGCCGCCAGGGUUCCAGUCAUCGACCCAGACGAAGAAGACAAGGGGGCAGAGGCCAAGGAUAUCUCAGAUGCUGGGGAUGGCGUGGCCACCAGGCGCUCGCGCCCGGGCAUGGAGUCAGACUCGCCAAAGGCUCCGGUAGAUGUGGAGAUUGGUGGGCCUCCAGCGCCAGGUAUGCCACCACCGCCCUCUAUGAUGCCUGGUGCUUUCCCUCCCACAAGCGGACUUGCAGGAUCCUUUUACACAGGCAUCAGACCCAAAAAGAAGCUCAAGCCCAUGCAUUGGGAAAAGCUCGACGGCGUUGAGUAUACUCUCUGGGCAAAUCGUAUCGACAAGGAAACUAUGUUUGAUGAGCUUAGCAAGAAAGGUAUUCUCGAGGAGAUGGAGCGUCUUUUCGCGUUCAAAGAGACUAGGAUGUUGAAGAGGGGCAAGGGUAGCGAAGAGAAGAAGAAGGAGUUUUUGGAUUCCGGUGUUGUCAAGAGUCUUCAGAUUGCGCUCUCGAAAUAUACUGGAUUGUCAAUUGAACAGCUUGUCAAGAAAAUCGUCAGCUGUGAUAAAGAUAUUUUGGACAACACCGCUAUCAUGGACUUUUUGCUCAAAGAGGAAAUGUGUAAUAUCAGCGACAACCUUUCAAAGAACCUGGCGCCGUAUAGUACGGACUGGACAGAGACCGACGCCGAAAAACAGAAGAGGGAGUCUGAUCCAAAUGAACUGAGGAGAGAAGAUUACAUCUACUUGGAAACGGCCUACAAUCUCCAUCAUUACUGGAAGUCAAGGAUAAGAGCCCUAGCACUUACAAGAAGUUUAGACCCAGACUAUACGGAGCUGCAAGGUAAACUACACCAAGUUGUUAAGGCUUCAGAUGUCGUUCGGGGAUCCAAGGCCUUCCACGGCGUUCUGAAUGUCAUUCUUACGAUGGGAAAUUUCAUGAAUGACGCUAGUAAGCAAGCAACCGGUUUUAAGCUUGGUACGCUCUCGAGGUUAGUCAAUGUCAAGGAUGAGAAAAACCAGCGCACAUUCAUGGAUUACAUCGAAAUGUCUAUCCGGAACAAAUUCCCUGAAUGGCAAUCAUUCGUGGACGAGCUCUAUGAGUGUAUUUCACUUGAGAAAGUGGAUGUGGAUAAUUUGAUGAUGCAAGCUAAGAGGUUCAUCGAUAACAUUAACAAUAUCCAGGCGUCCGUGGACUCAGGAAGCUUGAGCGAUCCCAAGAAGUUUCACCCCUCAGACCGUGUGUUACAAGUGGUGUUGCCAAUUUUGCCGGAAGCGAGGAAGAAGGCUGGAUAUCUCAAAGAUCAUCUUGAGGCCAUGACUAAGACUUACGAUGACCUUUUAACCUACUAUGGCGAGGAUCAGACAGACGAGACCUCGAGGAAGAGAUUUUUCAAGAUGAUUUCCGAUUUUGUAAAGAACUAUAAGGCAUCUAACCAGAAGAAUUUGGAACUUGAAGAUGAGGAAAAACGGCGGGAGAAAAGAAAGCAGCUUCUCAACGCAGCUGCACAAAACCAGAAAGCCAGUGGGGGCCCGCUUUCGCCCGACAGCUCCGGUGCGAUGGAAGCCUUGUUCGAGAAACUGAAGCAGGCUGGACCGGCCCAAAGGGAAAAACGCGAGACUCGCCGCAGGAACCUUGCAAGGGGCGGUCGAAGAACUGCUUCCGGCGCGAGCCGAACAGCAUCGGGAGCAAGUGUCGCCGAGAGCGUCGCUGGAGAGCAGCCAACUCCGCCAAAUGAUACCUCACCUUCCCUCUCACCACUUCCCCCGAUACCUUCCUCAGCAACUGAAGAAGAGGAUGCGUUAACCUCAAAAACGCAGGAAAUGUUAAUUCAAUUGAGAGGUGAGAAUAGUGGGGAUUCGUUGGUUGCUUCGACGACAUCCGGAGCUCAAGGGGCUAGUGCUAUAGGAAGUCUGAGGGUUAGGCGGCGGAGGGGUAGUGGAGAGGAUCUCAGGAGGGAAAGGCGGCGACGACAAGGCAGUAAUGUCUCUGCUACGGGGGCGGCUGCAAUUGUGGGUAGCGUCAACGGGGAAAGUGCCGAAGAUGCAGUGGCUAGGGCCAAGUUGGCCCUCAUGAACAUGCGAAGGGGAUCGGACGAUGCAACCGACGAUGAAGCGGGACUCUCCAGUGAGAGAUUACCAACACCUACCACUAUAGUUUCUCCACCUUCUCCCGAACCUCAGAAGCAGAAUGACGACUAAUCCCUUCCCUGGGUUGGCUUUUUUGUCUUUUUGUGUUACCUUAGAGUAAUUAAUGGCAGCAAGAGAUAUUUGUUUUUAUUUAAUUUUAGUAGUCUUUCAGGGCGGAGUUUUCUUUUUCUUUCUUCACUUCCUCAUUUCCUCAUUUCCUUUUGUCAUCGGUAGCUCGGACGGGCAGGAGGGGGGAGGAUAGCACAAGGUUGGGUUGGGUCUUUUUUUUUUUAACUUUGUUUCCUUCGUCAAUCAGAUUACUGUCUUCCCUUCCUGUAUAUGCCCACUUCUAUCUUACGGUACUUGGAUUGCAGUACCACUAACGCACUCUCCCCUCGAGCUCCUUUUUCCCCCUUUCACUGCGGUCUUAUCUGAUUGGGGGGGGGGGGAGUUCUGUUUAUUUAUUUUUGGAUCUACGUAUGCAUGCUACCUGCCAGCCACGAUGUCAAAUCUCUUGUAAUUUAUUUUUUCCUUUACUUCCUCCUUGUUUUAUGCAUUUGAUAGGACAAUUUUUGUAUCGCACGGAUCGGAUAGGAUUGGAUUGGGGGAGGGGAGGUAGUGAUCAAUUGUACUGUACAGAAUGAAUGUUAGGCAGGUAGAUUC